GCAGAAGAAGGAAAAAAGAUCCAUUUUUGAGAGAGAUUGGGCCGACCCGCGUUCUCGAGGGAAAUCAGAGAAGAAAAUCAGUGCAUAGCAGUCCGGCUACAAUCUUGAGUCAACUUCUCUCUCCUAUGCUCCUCUCUUCAUCAUCUUCUUCUUCUUCUUCAAAUUUGAGCUGAUAAGUCAGCUGAUUCUGAGUGCGUCAAUAUGAGGAAGCGAGAUUUGGCCAUUCUUAUGCUCUCUGCUUUCGCUAUCUUCUUCUCUCUUCAUCAUGAGGGUGAUUUCUCUUUCCGUGAGGCGUGGAUGCAUCUCACGGAUGAGUACCCAAUUAAGUUCGAGGGCGAACGUUUGCCGCCUCCUAUUGUCGCUGAUCUCAACGGUGAUGGCAAGAGAGAAAUCCUCGUCGCCACAUACGAUGCCAAAAUUCAGAUUUUGGAACCACACAGUCGGCGUGUGGAUGAAGGGUUCAGUGAUGCGCGUGUGAUCGCAGAAGUGAGCCUUUUGCCUGACAAAGUUCGUGUCUCCUCUGGGAGACGUGCUGUAGCGAUGGCUACUGGGGUUAUUGACCGUCAAAAACCAGGGAAAGCCGUGAGGCAGGUCCUUGUCGUUGUCACAUCGGGUUGGACCGUCAUGUGUUUCGAUUCUAACCUCAAAAAGCUCUGGGAAAACAAUUUGCAGGAGGAUUUUCCUCAUAAUGCUCACCAUAGGGAGAUAGCAAUCUCAGUUAGCAAUUAUACUCUGAAGCAUGGAGAUUCAGGACUGGUUAUUGUUGGUGGAAGAAUGGAAGUGCAGCCUCAUAUUCUUUUGGAUCCUUUUGAAGAAAUAGCAGCAGAGAAAAGUUCCGAGCAGCGAGGAAGAAGCACAACCGAAAAGAAGGAGGGAUCUGAAAAUCCAGGAACUGCAGACUCACGUCAUUUUAAAUUUUAUGCAUUUGCUGGUGGCUCUGGCGCGAUCAGAUGGCGUGGAAAGAAUGAGAAUGUUGAAGGUCAUUCUUCAGAUGCAUCACGGUUGAUUCCUCAGCAUAACUACAAGCUUGAUGUUCAGGCACUGAAUAGUCGCCAUCCAGGAGAGUAUGAAUGCAGGGAAUUCAGAGAAUCAAUUCUUGGAGUCAUGCCACACCACUGGGAUAGGAGAGAGGAUACUUUGUUAAAACUAGCGCAUUUCAGGAAGCAUAAAAGGAAAACCUUGAAGAAGACACCUGGAAAGUCGCUUACCUUACCUUUCCACAAGCCUGAGGAAAAGAAUCGGCCCGGGAAGGACUCAACAAAGAAAAUUCCAAACUUAAUCGGGAAAGUUACUGAGCGUGCAGGGUCCUCAAAAUUAAAGAAGCCUUUACCUUAUAUUCCCACCAUAACAAACUACACUCAGCUUUGGUGGCUCCCCAAUGUCAUUGUGGCUCAUCUGAAGGAAGGAAUAGAAGCUGUUCAUCUGGCAACUGGCCGCACUGUUUGCAAGCUUCAUCUUCAAGAAGGGGGCCUUCAUGCUGAUAUUAAUGGUGAUGGAGUCCUAGAUCAUGUACAGGCUGUGGGGGGAAAUGGGGCAGUGCAGACAGUUGUUAGUGGAUCUAUGGAAGUGCUGCGGCCUUGUUGGGCCGUGGCAACCUCUGGUGUACCAGUGCGAGAACAGCUUUUUAAUGCCUCUAUAUGUCAUCAUUCUCCUUUUAACUUGUUCCAGCAUGCAGAAUUUAGUAGGCACUUUGGUCGAAGUCAAGAUUUAGUCUCUGUGGAGGUAGCAACACCCAUCCUCAUACCAAGAAAUGAUGGCCAUAGGCAUCGCAAGGGAAGUCAUGGUGAUGUUGUAUUUUUGACAAAUCGGGGAGAGGUAACAUCAUACGCCCCAGGCUUGCAUGGACAUGGUGCUGAUUGGCAGUGGCAUCUUUCAACAGCUGCUACUUGGUCAAAUCUUCCAUCUCCCUCCGGGAUGAUGGAAGCUGGUACAGUCAUCCCUACGCUUAAAGCAUUUUCCUUGCGUGUUCAUGAUAAUAGAGAAGUGAUCCUUGCAGCUGGAGAACAAGAGGCUGUAGUUAUUUCUCCAGGAGGAAGUAUUUUAGCAUCAAUAGAGCUCCCGGCACCACCUACACAUGCAUUGGUCAGUGAGGACUUCUCAAAUGAUGGGCUGACCGACCUCAUUCUGGUGACCUCCACCGGUGUUUAUGGUUUUGUCCAGACCAGGCAACCAGGUGCCCUCUUCUUCAGCACGCUGGUUGGCUGCCUUAUACUUGUAAUGGGUGUCAUAUUUGUUACCCAGCACCUAAACUCUGGGAAGGGGAAACCUCGGGCUUCAUCAGGUGCUCGGUGAAUACCAAAGGCUCUAAACUAGGAUAUAAACUAAAGAAACUGCCUGUUCGACGGAAGCAAGCGUGAUGGCGCGGAAAGUUGGAAGAUUUGUCUUUCUGAGGUGAGAGAUUGAUUCAUCAGGUCAACGAUCUUAGAACCCUAUGGAAUUAUAUUUAAAGAAAAACUUAAGAGGACUAGCUUUCCUUCUUUUGAGUUUGUUCAUCCUGAUGCAGUUUCCAGUUAAUAUGUGCUUCUCUCCUCUACAACUACAAGAGCUUUUUUGCCUGUAAAAAUUAACUAAUGUAACCUUGAAUCAAAGGCAUCUUCUAAAAAAUUUUGGGUUACAAUUUAUACCGUUUUUUCUUUUUAAUACAAUGGACUACCUUUAACCUUUA